UCGGCUAGGCGGCACUUCCUCGCCACGCAGCUCCGUCCCGGUAGUCCGGUGUUCUCGGUCAGUCAGUCGGUCGGUCGCUCGGUCGGUCGGGCUCCCCGCGCCGGUGUAUGAUCGUCGGCCUGCUCCGCAGCUCGCGUGAGAAAGUCUCGAGCGCCGUCCGUGGGAUCGCGCUCGCCAUGAAGCCGCAGGUGGUGUUCGUGCUGGGCGGCCCGGGCGCGGGCAAAGGCACCCAGUGCGCGCGGAUAGUGCAGAAUUACAGCUUCACCCACCUGUCCGCCGGGGACCUGCUGAGAGAGGAGCGCAACCGCAAGGGCUCCGAGUUCGGCCAGCUCAUCGACAGCUUCAUCAAAGAGGGCAAGAUCGUUCCCGUGGAGAUCACCAUCAAACUGCUCAGGAAGGCCAUGGAGGAGACCAUGAAGGCCGAUGAGAAGAAAUUCCGCUUCCUUAUCGACGGCUUCCCUCGAAACCAGGACAACCUGCAAGGCUGGACGACGGUCAUGGACGGCAAAGCAGACGUCAAAUUUGUCCUGUUCUUCGACUGCAGUAACGAAGUUUGCAUCGACAGGUGUUUGGAGCGAGGGAAAAGCAGCGGCCGCACAGACGACAACAGAGAGAGUCUGGAGAAAAGGAUCCAGACGUACCUGCAGUCCACUCGGCCCAUCAUAGAGCAGUACGAGAAGCAGGGUAAAGUCCGCACCAUUGACGCCUCGCGCUGCGUAGACGAGGUCUUUGCUGACGUGAAGAAAAUCCUCGACAAAGAGGGCUAGAGCUCCUGAACUCUCCACUGCCAUCAGCGCUAAAUGUUCUUUUUAUCGAUGUCAGCAACACUAUGCUUCGUUUAUUUACGUUUAUCUUUUUACUCAUUUAAAUGUAUUUUUUUCUCGUUUGUGUGAAUGCGCGUGUGUGUGUUUGAGUGGCGUAUGGGUGUGUGUGCGAGUGAGAAAGCAGGACAUUGUCACUCCGCAUCCAUUCUUUGCGUAAUGAUAUGCUGGAGAGGAACAAUACCGGUGGGAAUGGAGCAGUAGUCCUGUUAGAAGGCAGUUUUCUUUGGGAAUGGUAUACAGCAGCUGCUCGUUUAGUUUUUAUAAUCUUAUGGUGAUCAAACAGGGACAUGUAGAACCAGGAAUAUGUCAUUUGAAGGAGGGCAUACCGUUAUUAUUAUUAUUAUUGUUAUUAUUAUUAUUAUUAACCAUGUCAAAUGGCCAGGGCAGCAAUCUGAGGGGGCCAAGCACUGACUGUAGAAAGCUUCUGCACCCGAAUGGUGACCAUACAGUCUCCAUGAACUGUUACAUCGCUGCAGCUGUAGAAGUGUAGUCCACCGGUUGUGCGAUUUCAUAUUUUCUUGCUUUGACACACCAGAAUUGGUCCAAAAAGGACUUUUUCAAUAGCAAAACACAAAAUCGUGAAUUUGGGCUGCACGGCUAGAGCUGGGAACACAUUGGGAAACGCCGCAAGUUUGCAACCUGUUGUCAUUUUUAACUUAAGUCGAGUAAAAACAGGCAACUGAUAUGAUAGCCAUAUGUAGGACCUCUUGUUUUAAUGGUAUCUAAAUGCCUCUGGUCCAUGUUAAGUUCCAGCCAUAUCUCCACCCAUACGGCAAGCUUUAAGAUGAGUAGUAUGGGGGCUUAUGGGUUACCAGUGUGAACAUCUGUGGGAUCAUCUAUGAGUUCUCCUUGUAACGUUGGGUCAGAGAUGCUGUGGUCGGUGUCCACACAGCAGUACAAAGCACUCUAAUAGCUACAUAAUGGAAUAUCAGUGUCACCCACUCUGAAGAAAUAAACGUCCAUUUGAAAAAAUACAAUGAAAA